AUUUUAUGUUGGCCACAGAUCCAUAAAGUGAUUAUCUCUUGAAAGAUUUGUUCUUUUUGGUUUUUUUCUGUACAUCAUCUUCCGUUUUCUCCGUUUUUCUUUACCUUAAUGAUCUACAUCUAGAGUUUUUCUCUUUGUUUUUUCAUAAGAAAAAAUGGAGAUAACAUUAUCCCAAAUGUGCUCUCGGGUCAAGUUGUCAAUAUCAUCAUCAUCAUCAGUGUUCUGUUUAAACGGAAAGAGUAAGAGGAACCUAAAUGGAGCUGUAGUUUCAGUCAAUUGCUUGAAAGAGAUUGAGCGGCUGAGUAGUAUUAGCUUCAGUGCGAAAAAGAAACCGAGAACUCACGCGCCGGUGAUUAGAACAACACGCGCCUCCUUGGAUGAGAAUCAAUCCCCAACUUCCGGUGCCGGAGGAGAACGGUGGCUUCUCCAACCAGUUGGAGAUGGAGACACAAGACACAUUGGUUACAAAGUGGACAUGCCUGCUCCUUUCGAGAUCUCUUCGGGCCAAGUUACUGUCGGGCGGCUACCAGAAAAGGCUGACGUAGUCAUUCCCGUGGCCACCGUAUCGGGAGUACAUGCCACAAUCGAUACAAAAGGAGACAACCUUCUUGUAACGGACAUGAACAGCACAAAUGGUACAUUCAUUGAAGACAAACGUCUAAUUCCUGGUGUUGCCUCUCCUGCCUUCCCCGGAACCCGUAUCACCUUUGGAGAUACAAAUCUAGCCAUUUUCCGUGUUUUCAAGCUCCAAGAUAGUAAAGAAUCCUCUGAGAAACCGGCUGCAGAGUAACAAAACCUGAAAUCAAUUUGCCCUGUUUUCUUUUUUUUUUUUUUUUUUGCAGAAUACCCACUUGUUCUUCAACAUUGUUGAGCUAUGGGUACAUAUAAUAUAGAUUUAUCAUCAUUUAUAUAUAAUCAAUACUUUUUACAUAGUAUUACAGCAUUUA